UUCGGCGUUCCUUAUUGGUGAAAUUUGAAAUUCACGAGGGGCGGUGAAACUGUAGCGUCCUGUAGUGUGUAACGGCGUAAUGUCAACGGCAGUCAACGGAUAUUUUGUAGUGCGAAACAUCGUUUAAUUGAGCGUUGUUCGGCAUACGCAAGUUGUAGCAUAAGGAAUAAAGUGUCACAUACUUCUAAUGGAGUAAUUGGAAUAGGAUAUUCAGAAGUCGAGUACACCUGUUCGUACGUUGAACUGAAGAAUUUUUCAUCUAACGGUUGCCGGCAAGUCGGUCCGGCCGCAGUUAAUUUAUUUAUUUCGUUGAUUGCGUGGAUAGAUGUUAUUUUCAUAUAAGUAAUUAUUGCAAAAUGACUGAUCAACCAUGGGCACUCUCGAUGGUGGCAAGUUACGAUGAACUUACACGAUGUACAAAUGUUCUUGCCUGCGGCUCCUGCGAAGAAGAAUUUCUUCGCUUUGCCAUCAAUCAAGAAGAAAUGCGUCAAAAGAUGCUGGCCUCUGUUCAGGAAUGUCAGCGGCUUCAUUCUGCAUUGGAGAAAGCACACAUUGAAGCAGCAGAUUUAGAUAGGAAGUUAAGUCAUGCGAGGAGAUUGUUGGAUGAGGAGAAGAAAAGGCGUCGUAUUGUUGAAGAUCAAAGAAAUUCUCUUGAGAGACAAAUAGCUCUAGCUCGAGAUCUUUUAUUCAAUGAUGGAGGUAGAAACUUGAAUGAUGAGACUCGUGAGAAAUUACAGUUUCUCAAUAAUACCACACUGAAUGCUCGUAACAGUAAUGUAUAUCUCAAGGAAAUGCAGCAUAAUGACAAACUGAAUACUAUAGCAGAGCUGGACUCUACUGGUUCGCUGUUAAGUGACCUAAGUUGCUUCUCCAAAUCUGAGGAUGACCUGGAUGCCAGUGCUAUCAUUCAGCACAGCCAAAAGAAGAGAGAGUGGAAAGAGCAUCGACCUAGUGGAGAGUACUCAGCUAAGAAAAGACGAAGCAAUGUGCAAAAAGUUGCUGAAUUGAACUCAUCUGAUCGAAUCGUGGCUACCACUACAGUGGUAAUGCCUAAGGAUGGCACAAUUACAGCAUCGUCGGUUAUCGAGGCAGUUCCCUCGAACGAGAAUCAAGAUCCACAAACUCAAUUGCGCAGCGCACGAAAAAGGCGUAAAAGUGGAGAACGUCAUAGCAGAACGAAAAUUCCACCAUUGAACUUGGAUGACCCACCCAUGGAUACAGCACCUUCAGCGCCUAAAGCAGAAAUAAUGACAUCGGGGUCAGAUUCUGAAGGUAUAUUCAAACCAAGUCCAAACAUCGGUGGCUAUACUCUGAAUUCUAAAACAUCUAGGGGACAUAGUUUUACUGCUAAGACUGUAAUCAAACCGGAAAUGUGUAUUCCUUGUGGGAAAAGAAUACGUUUUGGAAAAGUGGCUCUUAAAUGCAGAGAUUGUAGAGCCACUACACAUUCGGAAUGUAAAGAUCUGGUGCCAUUGCCAUGCGUACCAGCAGGAAAUACGCCUACACUGCGUGGAGUAUCGGGUACCAUAGCUGACUAUACUCCCAUGAUACCGCCAAUGGUACCUUCUUUGGUGGUCCACUGUAUUAAUGAGGUAGAAUUGCGCGGAAUGGGAGAACAGGGGUUGUACAGGGUUAAUGGUGGUUCCCUUGAAGUAAAGUGUCUCAAAGAGAAAUUCUUAAAAGGGAAAGGUGCACCUAAUCUAUCGGACGUGGACAUACCUACAAUAUGUUCGACACUCAAGGAUUUCCUUAGAACUUUAAGAGAACCAUUACUGACGGUUGGUCUCUGGGCAGAUUUCGCUCGUGCCACUACCAUUGCAGAUAAACAGGAUGCAGAUGCUGCACUAUACCAGGCUAUAUCAGAACUUCCGCAGCCAAAUCGCGACACCCUUGCCUUCCUUAUUCUUCACCUGCAGAGAGUGUCUAGUACUCCAGAAUGUAAAAUGCCAAUUAGUAAUCUUGCCAAGGUCUUCGGACCAACUCUGGUUGGUUACAGCUCUCAGGAACCUUCACCAACUUCAAUGUUGACAGAAACAAAAAAUCAAGUUGCUAUCGUGGAGAGCCUUUUGAAAAUUCCGUCCGAUUACUGGGCCAAUUUUGUCAAUACUGAAAAUUUGCAUCAAAUUGGCACUCCCAAAACUUCAGAGCUCAGGCACACACCGUCUACGGAAUCAUUAUUAAAACGUACUGCAUCCCGUGGUAUAUUUCACACACCGAUAAGUGCGAGUCGGACGUUCAUGAAGAGGAAUAAGAAGUACUUUGCGACACCUCCUACAAAGACAGGCUUUUGAGCAGGGACUCAAACUGUAAUUUAAUAUGCAUUACAGAAAACCAAUCGAACAAUUAAUUUUAUACUGCUUUGAGCCUUAUGACAGAAGGCAUUUUGCGUGCUUCGUAUAAACUUUUAUUUAUAACUUAUAGUAGGAGUUUGUUUUUUUUCCCUUUAAUUUGAUAAUAAAACAGUUGAAUUAUUUGUAAAGUGGAGCAAAAAUGCUGCAACCAAAUAGUCGCAGUUAUGAUUUUUCUUUUUUUUUGUAAUCUUAUGUAUAACGAGACUAAUAACGUUUAUUAUUAUAACUAUCUGUUUUUUGGGGCGCGACGUGGAAAUUCAUACUGUUAAGAAUUUAUACUGCUUGAGCUGAUGUGACGAGUCUGAUUAAAUUUCUAUUCGGAUAGUUCAUUCGUACUGCACAAAUUUAUAUUUUUAUUUACAAACUAUUCAUACUGCUAUGUAUAAACGUUUUGCAAGAAAAUGGAAAGAAUGAGGAAAGAUGAAAAGAAGGAGUACUUAAUUUCAAUUGUGAAAACGAUCCCAAAUUGUAUAAUCGUUUUGAAUCAUUCAAUAAUAAACAAUAAUUAAUUAACAAUACAAA